AUGUUCGCCCAUCGCCCUCUGGCCCUCUACAGGCCUGUCUCUCUGCUCGCCGUCGCUCUUUUGUUCUCUGCCUGUCUGCUAUUUCUAUUUGUCUCGCUGUCUCUCACCAUCAUCAAGCCCAUCUAUCUUUUUUCUCUCGUCUCCACUGCACCCCCGCCAGAAUCUGCCCCGCUCAGUCUCGCCACAGAAUUGCGCUUCGGCAUCUGGGGAUUCUGCGCAUACAAUGCUCUCGGCGUCACUCCUCUUUGCGUCGGUCCCACCCUGGGAUACACCAUCCCCUCCUUCGUAGCCACCGACGUCCCGGGCCUCUCCCAACCCAUCGUCGACGCCGUUCAGCAGGCCCUCUUUGCCAUCCUCAUCCUUCACCCCAUCACAGCAGCCGUCUCCCUCUUCCCCCUCUUCUUCUCUCUAUUUCUUGCCUCACACCCGAUGGCGAUUACCGCCCUGAUCCUGAGUGUCGUCACCGCCCUCCUCGCAUCCGCCGCACUCGCCAUCGAUCUUGCCCUCGUACUGGUGGCCAGAUCACAGCUGAAGAACGUCGCAGAUGGGAGCAUACACUUUGCCUUUAAUUUUGGGCCAGCAUUCUGGAUGAUCAUGGUGGGCACUAUCCUUACAUGGCUGGCACUUAUCGCCCUUUCCGCCAGGGCGUGCUAUUGUCUUGGUGUCCGAAGGUGA